GUCAGGGGUCGCGCGUGUGAAGAAGACGCCGAAGAGGGGACUUCACCUUUUUGGGUCCUUGCCAAAGGGACGCCGACAGAACAUGACUCCCUCCACCGAGCCCACAACCGCAACCCACACAACAUCGCUCACUUUCCCACAGCCCUUCCUAGCAUUCCUCAGCGACAAUGGUCUAAGUGUCGACGAAUACUCCUUUGACGGCCGGCUCCCUCGCUACAUUCGUGUCAAGCCCACUUCCGCAGACACUUUUUCAAUUCCCGACCUCGAGGCCGACCUAGGCACCCCAGUGACGCCCGUCGAGUGGCUGGAAGGCUUCUAUCGCUUGGACGGGGAUGUUCGCAUUGCUACAUGUAGGGCGUACAAAGAGGGGAGGAUAUAUGGGAUAGAUAUCUCAUCGGGGGUUGCUGUGCACGCGUUGGACGUGCAGCCUAACGAUAAUGUCCUGGACGUAUGCUGUGCUCCGGGGAUGAAACUGUGCAACAUUGCUGACCUGCAGGGGAGAGAUGGACUGGGGACGGUGACUGGGGUGGAUAUCUCGAAGGAUCGGUUGGCAACGUGUAAAAAUCUCCUGAAGAAAUACAAGCUGGAACGGGCGCGACUCUUUGCUGCAGAUGGAACGUCUUUUUCGGUAUAUGCCCCGUCGACUGUUGGCCAACAUACCCAUCCCGCCGUGGCGGGAACGCCAUCAUCUUCAUGUAGCUCAAUACCCAGCACAGCGCCGGCAGAUACCAGCAUGGGGGACUCAGCCCGGGCGGAGAAGCCGGAUGAGGAUAUGGGCGAAGGACCGCCAUCAACCGUGCUGGCAGCCCCCAUCCCGACCGAAAAGAUAAAACCAUUCCACGCAACACGAAUGCUCCGACAAGACCCGCAACUAUCCCUUCCCGACCUACUCUACGACAAAGUCCUCGUAGACGCCGAAUGCACGCACGACGGGUCAAUAGUCCAUCUCCUGAAAUACGACCGGCUAGGAUGGAAGACAUUUGAGGAAAAGUUCAUGGAUCCCGACCGAUUGACGAACUUGCAGACGUUGCAGAGAGGGUUGAUUGCGAAUGGAUAUAAGCUGUUGAAACCGGGCGGUGUGCUUGUUUACAGCACUUGCAGUUUUUCGAGGAUGCAGAACGAGGAUAUCGUCGCGUGGUUCCUUGGCCAACAUCCCGAUGCGGUGUUGGAACCUGUACCUGGCGUUGAGAGGUUUCCGGUUGCGAGCACACUGGCACACCUGUAUCUGAGGGUGGAUCUCUCGCAUGUCAUCCGGUUCAGUCCGGUGCCAUCGCAGACGAGUGGACUGUUCAUCGCACGGAUACGGAAGGCGCUGUUGACGUAGAUGUAUUUAAGUAGACUGAGCUCGCAUGGAG